CUCGCGUUAUUACGUAUUUCCUCCUCUUUCACUCUCUGAGUCCAACAUGGCAGUCGGCAAGAACAAGAGGCUGACCAAAGGGGGAAAAAAAGGUGCCAAGAAGAAGGUGGUGGACCCCUUCUCCAAGAAGGACUGGUACGAUGUCAAGGCACCAGCUAUGUUCAACAUCAGGAACCUGGGCAAGACUCUGGUCACCAGGACACAGGGCACCAAGAUUGCCUCAGAUGGCCUGAAGGGCCGUGUGUUUGAAGUGAGUCUUGCCGAUCUGCAGAACGACGAGGUGGCCUUCCGCAAGUUCAAGCUGAUCACGGAAGAUGUCCAGGGUAAGAACUGUCUGACCAACUUCCAUGGAAUGGAUCUGACCCGUGACAAGAUGUGCUCCAUGGUCAAGAAAUGGCAGACCAUGAUUGAAGCCCAUGUGGAUGUUAAGACUACAGAUGGCUACCUGCUCCGCCUGUUCUGUGUUGGCUUCACCAAGAAGCGUGCCAACCAGAUCCGUAAGACCUCUUAUGCUCAGCACCAGCAAGUCCGCCAGAUCCGCAAGAAGAUGAUGGAAAUUAUGACUCGGGAGGUGCAGACCAACGACCUCAAAGAAGUUGUCAACAAGCUGAUCCCUGACAGUGUUGGCAAGGACAUUGAGAAAGCCUGCCAGUCCAUCUACCCCCUUCAUGAUGUUUUUGUCAGGAAGGUCAAGAUGCUCAAGAAGCCCAAGUUUGAGUUGGGCAAGCUGAUGGAGCUCCACGGCGAGGGAGGUGGCAGCAGCAGCAGUGCCAAGCCUGCUGGAGACGACACUGGUGCUAAAGUGGAGAGGGCCGAUGGCUAUGAGCCCCCUGUCCAGGAGACCGUCUGAGUCUUCGGAAUCAGCAAAAUUCAAUAAAAAUGUUCAAAAGCCUGAAA